GGCGGCGUCUUCUUAGACGGGCAAUGCGGGCGCCUGUUGAUUAUAUAAUCGCCGCGGAGGUGGCUUCUAAAAUCCUCCUAGUGGCGGGGGCAGUUAGCGGCGGGUGCGGGCCCCCGAGCUGCGUUAAAGCGGGUACCGCACCGGGUGACUCCGUGCGUUGCGCAGCCCGGCGGGGCUGUCCCGCACCAGGACCCCGGCAAUGUCUGGCUCCCAGGCAGCGCUGGCCGUAGCGGAGUGUCGGCUGCGGCGAUUACCGGGUUAAGCGCCAGCCUCCGGGGCCUCCUGUGCCCGCUCAGAGACGCCUCCCGGCCCCUCCCAGCGCCCCCUCCCGAGCCCCCGAGCCGGCCGCGCGGGGAUGAGGCGGCGCAGCGGCACAAAGGCUCCUCGGGGGCUGCCCGUUGCCUAGUGCGGGCGCGGCCCGGCCCCCCCUCCAGCUGGCCGGCGUCCCUCUGGCUCCCCCGUCACCGGCUCACCCCUUUCCCGUGUCCUCCAAGCUCCCCCGCCACGCAGCGGGCCCGGGUCCCUGCCCUGCUCCCACGGCCUCCUUUCCUCUCUCCCUGGGGACCGGCAGGCGGGAUCCCCCGCCUCCCCUCCCCUCCCCGCUCAGCUCGGGGCCCCGUGGGGGAGGAUGUCGGAGGAUCACGAAAUGGAUAAAAUGAUUAAGGAAACCUCCAUUUUAGAGGAGUACAGCAUUAACUGGACUCAGAAGCUGGGAGCUGGAAUCAGUGGUCCAGUUAGAGUCUGCGUGAAAAAAUCUACUCAAGAACGGUUUGCACUGAAAAUUCUUCUUGAUCGUCCAAAAGCUAGAAAUGAGGUACGUCUGCACAUGAUGUGUGCAACACAUCCAAAUAUUGUUCAAAUAAUUGAAGUUUAUGCUAACAGUGUGCAGUUCCCUCAUGAAUCCAGUCCAAGGGCUCGGCUUCUAAUUGUUAUGGAGAUGAUGGAAGGGGGAGAGCUAUUUCACAGAAUCAGCCAGCACCGGCACUUUACUGAGAAGCAAGCAAGCCAAGUAACAAAGCAGAUAGCUUUGGCUUUGCAGCACUGUCACACGUUAAACAUUGCACACAGAGACCUCAAGCCUGAGAAUCUCCUCUUCAAGGAUAACUCUUUGGACGCUCCAGUUAAGUUGUGCGACUUUGGAUUUGCCAAGAUAGACCAAGGUGACUUGAUGACACCCCAGUUCACUCCAUACUAUGUAGCACCUCAGGUACUGGAGGCACAAAGACGACAUCAGAAAGAGAAAUCUGGUAUUAUCCCUACCUCACCAACACCCUACACUUACAACAAGAGCUGUGACUUGUGGUCCCUGGGUGUCAUUAUUUAUGUGAUGCUGUGCGGAUACCCUCCUUUUUACUCCAAACACCACAGUCGGACAAUUCCAAAGGACAUGCGGAAAAAGAUCAUGACAGGAAGUUUUGAAUUUCCAGAGGAAGAAUGGAGCCAGAUCUCAGAAAUGGCAAAAGACAUUGUGAGAAAGCUGCUGAAGGUAAAGCCCGAGGAACGGCUGACUAUAGAAGGAGUCCUGGACCAUCCCUGGCUAAACUCCACUGAAGCUCUCGAUAACAUUUUGCCCUCUUCCCAAAUGAUGAUGGACAAGGCAAUGGUUGCUGGGAUACAACAGGCUCACGCAGAACAGCUUGCUAACAUGAGAAUCCAAGACCUCAAAGUCAGCCUCAAACCCCUCCACUCUGUCAACAAUCCAAUUCUACGCAAGAGAAAAUUGCUAGGCACUAAACCGAAGGAUGGUGUCUAUAUCCACGAUCCUGAGAACGGAAGCGAUGAUUCCAAUGUGGCUCUGGAAAAACUCAGAGAUGUCAUUGCACAGUGUAUUCUACCACAGGCUGGUAAAGGAGAGAAUGAAGAUGAGAAACUGAAUGAAGUGAUGCAGGAAGCAUGGAAAUAUAAUAGGGAGUGUAAGUUAUUGCGAGACACUCUACAGAGCUUCAGCUGGAAUGGCAGAGGAUUCACAGAUAAGGUGGACCGGCUAAAGCUGGCAGAAAUAGUGAAACAAGUUAUUGAAGAGCAGACAAACUCCCAUGAUUCACAAUAGCUAGAGCUUCUUACUAUUUUUUUUUUUACCAUUUGAAAGCUGUUCUUUAACUGUAAAGUAUUUUUUAUGUAAAUUAAUAAAUCAUAAUUAUUUCAUUAAAUUUCCACACUGCUUGAAAAUCCUGUAUAGUUGUAGAUACAAAAAUCAUUGGUACUGUAAUAUUUUUUUAAAACUCAGUUCCUCAAGGUAUAUAUGAUCACUCAUGUACUGUUAAUUCAUGAGUCCCUUGAAUGGGACAAAUUAUAUUGUUAAAGACCGUUUGUUUUCUUAAUAACCAGAUGCAGAAGCAGCCUUCCAUCUGCUAUACUGACAGCUGCAAUGACUAAGUAUAUGAAUGAGACAACUACAGUUUCUUAGCAUUUUGCUCAGUAAAUAUUUGAAGCAAGGGCCAUGGAACAAACUUCAUAGGCAUCCUUUUUACCUAAAAUCUGCAGCAUUGUAGUGACAGCAGAAUAACUUUCUCCUCUGCCAGAUAACCCAAGAGCCACUCUUAGCAUUGCUAAGGAGACACGUACUCAAGUCCAUACUCUUGCUAUAAUUUUCAGUUCUGAUUGGUAAUUCUGUACCUCUCUUCUCCAGCUCCACAUCUUGCUCCUGGCUUCACCAGGACUUGAGUGGCUAUUCAGCAUCAGAUGCCUUGUCUUCAUUUUAAAAUAGUAGGGGAGAACUUCAGUAACUUGUGCUUAUUGUUUUUAUUUUAAUAGUGAUCUCUCCCUCAGGCAGCAACAUGGGGGUGGAUUUGUUUGCCUUUUCCCCAGAUGAAUAGUUGAGCCUGAGUUUUGUUUUUUUUUCCACCACUCCACCAUUUUCCUUCUGGAAUAUAUAACCCUGUAGAAGCACAGAAUCAAGAUUGUCCUCCUGGCUGGAAGGGAUCAUCCUGUGUAUAAUCACAGUGCUGCUGUGCGAGAUGGCUAGUGGUCAUCCAUCUAUGUCCCUCAUUGGAGUCCAAGCACAUCCGCUCUGUGAUUUUCUUGAGCUUCAUCUGCCUGGGGAGAGAUUGACCCAGAGCUGCCCCCGACUCAAGUCCCUAUGCUGCAGCAUACUGUGAAGGCCACCAAGGGCAAAUCCUUACACUAGUCUGAAACUUUGGCUCCCAAAAAAAAAAAAAAAAAAAAAAAAAAA